UUGGUUGGAUAUGACAGGACGAGACGCCUAAAACGUAUUUUAUUUACCUGCUACUUAAUUUAAUUAUUUUGUGUUUGAAAUUCUGGCACUUAUUUUAGGCAGUCGAGCAGUAAUAUAAACACCUGACACAACGCAAUCGUAUCGUACAAAAAACAACAAACUGUGACUCCAUCUAGCAUCAGAUGGUAUUGGAAUCGGAUUGUACUCAAGAUCUAUAAACAAGAAAAUAACAGUACAGAAGCGCAUCGAAAACAGAAUCAUCGAGUCUGAGAUAUUGGUAUGAAGAGGGAGUGAUGCUAAAGUGCAGUGGCAGUGGUAGCAGGGGUCGGUGAGCGCGGCACGAUACGGAAAUGUCGAACGUGGAGAACGUAUGCCCCCAGGUGCUGCGCGGCGUCGCACGCGAGCUGCGGCGGCUAGCGGAGCGCCCGCCCGCCGGCGUCAAGCUGGUGCUGCGCGACGACGACCUCACUGAUGUCCCGCCCCGCGCGUACUUCCUCACGCGCAUAUUCCAUCCCAACGUGGCGCCCGCCACCGGCGAGGUGUGCGUCAACACCCUGAAGCGCGACUGGCGCCCGGAGCUGGGGCUGGAGCACGCGCUGCUGGCCGUCAAGUGCCUGCUGAUCGCGCCCAACCCCGAGUCGGCGCUCAACGCGGACGCGGCGGCGCUGCUGCGCGACCACUACGACCUGUACUUCGCGCGCGCCAAGCUGCUCGCCGACAUACACGCGCGACCGCACGCGACCAAACCGGACAAGGCCGGGAACCACCCGCAGGUAACUCGACUGGCGCGACCGCUGCGACCUGUGCUUCGCGCGCGCCGAGUUGCUCGCCGACAUACACGCGCGACCGCACGCGACCAAACCGGACAAGGCCGGGAACCACCCGCAGGUAACUCGACUGGCGCGACCGCUGCGACCUGUGCUUCGCGCGCGCCGAGCUGCUCGCCGACAUACACGCGCGACCGCACGCGACCAAACCGGACAAGGCCGGGAACCACCCGCAGACCAGUCUUGAGUAUUAGUGACACAUCAACACCACAGCAGCCAUGUACAUCUUCAGAAAAUCCAGACCAGUGCAACGGACAAACCGAAAAAGACGGCAGUAGUAGUGACAGUGAUUUUGCUACGGUAGUCCCCGACCACUAAAUCAAGAUGAUCUAAAUGACUUGAUCAGGGACCUUGGACUGUCUAAAACGGCAUCAGAAAUAUUAGCUUCCCGAUUGAAAGAAAGAAAUUUGUUGACCAGAGAAACGAAGAUAUCGUACUAUCGUAACAGGGAAAAGGAUUUACUUCCUUUCUUUACUAAAAAAGAUAAUUUUGUGUUUUGUACUGAUAUUCCGGGCCUAAUGACUGCAAUGGGAUUAAAAAAGUAUAAUCCAAAUCAGUGGCGGUUGUUUAUUGAUUCGUCAAAACGAAGUUUGAAAUGUGUACUUUUACAUAAUGAUAACAAGUUUGGUUCCUUACCUAUUGCUCAUUCUACAAAGGUUAAAGAAGAAUAUCCUACAAUAUCUUUAGUUCUCGACAAAAUCAAGAUGAUCGAUAUUAAAAAUUUCAUCAACCAUAUGACAGCUGUCGAGAAAUGUGCAUGGGAAGAGUUUGUUUGGGUAGCCAGAUUUUUUUUGGGCAAUAGGAAAUCUGACGGCUACAUUCAGCACGUUGAACGGUGCUGAUACACUUCCAGCGUCUUGAAUGCAACAUGAGUAUUAAGCUUCACUACCUUCACAACCAUCUAGACUAUUUUCCUGAAAAUCUCGGUGACCUAAGCGAGGAACAAGGAGAGCGAUUUCACCAGGAUAUUCGCACUAUGGAGGAGAGGUAUCAGGGUAUUGGAAUGAACAUAUGAUGGCUGAUUAUUGUUGGAGCAUCCAAAACAGUACUUAUAAUACACCUCACUCUAGAAAAUCCAAAAAAAGGAAAUUUUAUUGAGAAUAAAUAUAUUUAAUAUUUUUUUUAAACUUUAACUAUGUGAAUUUUCAAUGGAAAACCCUGUCACUUGGUAGCUCCAAAACUAGAGCUGCUACAUAAAAACGACAUAUAUUUUUGAAAUCAGCGUGGAAAAACUAUUCAGAUUCAUGUAAAAAAUUUCAUGCAACAGACAUGCUGUUUUCCAGUGUUAUCAGUGUUUACUCUUUUCUUCCACUGUAAUUUAUUAGCGUUAGUCAUCGUUACUUUAAAAUUUAUGCUUCAGCUAAAACCAGUUAUCCAUGUUUAACCGUCUCUUCCGUACACAGAUCGUGCGCACAGAUCGAGCAACUCACUCGCUAGGAGUGCUUAAUUAUUAUUAAUUUGAUUAAUGAUAAUACAUAUUGCAAAUAUAUGUUUUAAACGUAAAUUUUGCGCUGAACACGAUGAAAGAAAAAGAAAUGGUAAAAUUAAAUUAUCAUAUAAUAAAAUUAAAUAUAUUUUUUUUAACUAUAUUUUUCGUCAUCUUUCUUAGUAGCCAUCAUUUUAAACUAAA